AUGUCUGAACAGGUGAAAAUCAACCCCGACCUACUGAUCAUCCUUGUAGGGUCUGUAAUAAACAAGUUCAUAAGUGAAUAUGAGGGUGACAUGCCUGACAAUAGGGCCACGAUACCCGUUCAAAACUUUAUCACUGAGUUGAACGACACCACAUACAAAUAUACAAGGGAUUUUCCCAAUGAUGAAAUAAACUUUCCUCAAAUAGACAUCAAACUACUAUCAUUCAUCAUAAACAGGACGUUGUACUUUAAGUUUGUCAGUGUGACGAAUGAUGAGGUAGUUGUGGAAGUGGGCGAUAAGUAUGAGAAUUAUUUGAAGAAUAUCGUCGCCACUUCAACGUUUCGGUAUUCAAAAUUCUUACUUAAUGGGGCUAAACAGUUGUACCAAUUAGAGAAGGAAAGUGUAAACGGAAGUGAAGACGUGAUAGAGGAUGCAAAUGGAAAUGGAGAAGUGAUAGAGACCACCGAGGAAGUGAAAGAAAAUGCUGAACCGACAUACGAGGCAAAUGCAGAGGAGGUCCCAACAGAAGGAGAUGUGGAAUCGCCACAACAGCAGUCAACGGAAAAGGAAAGUGAAGGUGACAAUAUAGAAGAGGAAGUGCGAGAUGAGUCUAAUGAAAGGGAGGGCAAAGAAUCCGAACUUGUGGAAGAGGUAGAAUUGGCCAGCCCAGAGAUUGAAGAAUUGUCACAGGUUGAAGGGAACACAUCUGGACACAUGGGGUCUGUAGAGAAGGAAAGCAAAGAUCUGAGUCAACUGAACAAAGAGCAAACAGGCUCUGGCGAGUCGAAAGAAAAACUUGACGAAAAUGAUGAAAAGGAUGACGAUAUACUGAAAACUAUCUUAGAACUGCAAGAUGUGUCGACCAAGGAAAAUGAGGAUCGAGAAUCAGAAGAUGAAAAUGAAGGUAAGGAUCCGCUUGAGCUUGUGGAACCAGUGACCGAGAUAAAUAAGGAUGCAGACGCACAAAUUGAAGAAAAGAGUCCAUCUACUGCAGAAGAAGCUUCAAUCAAUGUUGAAGAUUCAUCUAAAAUAAAAGAGACUAAAGAUAUAGCCGAGCCAAAGGAUGAGCAAGAAGGCAAUACAUCAGAUGAAGAUGCUGAACAAGAUAAGUCUGCAGUUGAUGAAUCGGCCUCACCUGAGCCAGCCGCGUCCAAAGAACCCUCUGAAGAAAAGACAAUCGAGAUUAUUCAACUGGAACCGGAAGCAACAAUGCAAUCAAAAUCUGAAGUGCAAUCACGCAAGAGACCCAGAUCACGCUCACCUGCACCUUCUCAACAUCACAAGCGUUUCCAAAACAUUGCUGUUAAUCUCAUAAGCUCUAUUCAAGAGCACAGGUUCUCAUCGCCAUUUUUACAAGCAGUUAACCCAAAAGAUGCGCCAAACUAUUACGAAAUGAUAUACCAACCAAAAGACUUGAAAAGUAUACUGAAAGCCCUUAAAUCAAAGAACGAUCCUCCAGCGUAUCUGCUGAUUAAGGAACUUGAAAGAGACGUUAUGCUAAUGUUUGCUAAUUGUAUUAUGUACAAUAGGCCAGAUGAGGACCUAGUGGAUUUAACAAGAACUAUGAAAAAGGAUGUUGGUGAUAUGUUUAAGAUGUUUAAAGAAGCUGAACUGGAGAUGAAGUAG